AUGCAAGGCACGAAAGAGGAAGUGCAACAAAGCACUUCCCAAGUGUCUCUCCUGCUCCAGGUCAGUCAUGCGUACGGUGCUGGAUAUGCGCCCGCAUCGUUCUGCUACGACGUGUUCGCGUACGAGCAUUUACAGGCCAGUCCCUACGUUAGCGAUGACAAUGACGAUACUGUGGAUGUCCAAGCUGUCGACUUCCCGACGGUGCUGUUCCUGGAUCCGAGCCUGCUGCAUCACGGGCAAGUUGACUUCUUACGGGCUUCUUCUCCCGUUCCCUCUCAUGUCCUGAAACUUUUGGGGACGAUAGAUGAGAUCCAAUCGACCGGCGGAAACUUCUUUAGCCACAUUCACAAGUGGAUGCCUUUUAUAUCCAAGAAGCGCUUCUAUGAGGUUCACUUGCGCUCGUCGUUCCAGUCCCAGCCUGACGUCGCGCUUCUACUGUUGUGCCUCGAAUUGAUAACCACCUUACCACCCAGCAAGCCACGCAAUCCCCAAACGGCACUGUAUCAUGCGGCCAAGCACUUCUAUCUGACGGUUGAAGGUUCAGAAGUACUGUCCCUCCCGGUCAUGCAGGCCGGUGUGCUCUUGGCUCUCUACGAGCUUGGCCACGGCAUAUUUCCUGCGGCUUACCUGUCGAUCGGCGCCUGUGCCCGCUACGCCCAUGCUUUAGGCAUCAACACGAACCAGAACACCACCGGUGGGAGGCGUGUCCUUACCAUGGUCGAGGUUGAGGAGAGGCGUCGGGUCUGGUGGGCGAUCGUGAUCAUGGAUCGAUUCGUCAGUAUCGGCUGCCCCGGGAGACCACUGGCUACCGCCGACCCCAGCCUGGACGACCUUCUGCCCGCCGACGAUGCGUUAUGGGACCAGGGGAUCGUCCGAUCUGAGCACUCGAUCCCGCUGGCCUCGCCGCUGACGGACCACAUGAGCAAGUUCGCGCUGCUCUGCCAAGCGGCGCGGCUGCUGGGCCAGGUGCUCCAGCACGCCUCCGGCGCCGCGCCGGCGCACGACACGGUCUGGAGGCAGCUGGACCGGACGCUGAACUCGAUGCUGGCGGCGGCGCUGAGCACGGACACGCCGGACGACGACCAGAUCGCCUUCAUCUACAGCGUCCUCGUGGCCCUAUACCCGCCACGGCUCUUUUCUCCUUCCUCCGCCGCGGCAGGCCACCCCGUCGACGCGGAGCGCGCCGCGCGCGGCCGCGAGGUCAUGGAGGAGAUCACGGGCGUCGUCGGGCAGAACCUCGUGGAGCGCGACUGCUUCCUGGGGCGCGCGCCGGCCGGCAUGUCGCCGUGGGGGCUGUUCUUCGCGUACCGCAUCUGCGGGUACCACAUGCGGGAGCGGUGCCGGGACGGGGCCGGGGACCGGGCGGGGCUGGCCGAGAUCGUCGUGGAGAGGCUGAGGGGCGGGCUGCGGGCGAUUGAUGUGCGGUGGAAUGUCGCAGGUGUCUAUCUCCAGCUGCUCGAGGCGCAGGAAGCCCUUCGGAAUUCGUAA